AUGGAGGAUCUCGACAAGGAACAAAUUAACAUUCUAAAAAAAGCUUUUGAAGCUUUUGACCAUGAAAAGAAAGGUUGCAUCGGCACAGUAAUGGUAGGCACGAUUCUUGGAAUGUUGGGUCAUCAAGUCACUGAUGAGUCCCUCGCGGAGAUUAUCACUGAGGUAGACGUUGACGGAUCUGGUGAAUUAGAGUUUGAAGAAUUUGUCACCUUGGCGUCAAGGUUUAUGGUGGAGGAGGACGCUGAAGCAAUGCAACAAGAACUCAAAGAAGCAUUCCGAUUAUAUGACAAAGAAGGUAACGGCUACAUCACAACAAGUGUUCUCAGAGAAAUCUUAAGAGAAUUAGACGACAAAAUCAGCGCUGAAGAAUUAGACAUGAUGAUUGAAGAAAUUGAUUCGGAUGGUUCCGGUACUGUUGAUUUCGAUGAAUUUAUGGAAGUUAUGACAGGAGGAGACGAUUAA